AUGUCGAAGCGCAAGUUCGAUAAGAUGACGGACGAUCUGCACGAGACGGCAUCCCCUCUCGAGGGCAGUCUCAAUGAGACCUCUGUCGAACAGGUCCAGAACAUGACACACCUUCCCGAGAGCAGGCUUCUCAGAAUCCCCCACGAGAUCCUCCUCGAGAUCAUCUCCUAUUUGCCCCGUGAAGAGGAUGCCAUCAAGUUGAGCAAUUCCUGCUGGGCGAUGCGUCAUGCGAUCCUGAAUGAAGACUCCCUGGUCUGGAGAGAUCUUUACCAACGAAAGUACGACGUCCCCAAGCGACACAGCGCGAAGGAUCUUGGACGUACGUACCGGGUCCGUGGCGUCGCUCUCUCGGCGGAGGCCAUGGGCUUCCUUCCAUACAUGUUGAAUGAGAGGCAGAUGGCCUGGAUUGCCAUUGUCAGGGACAUGGUCGUCGAAGGAUUGACAGCUCCCAUCUCGCCGACCGGCCCAAAGACCCUCAACAGACUGCGUGCAGUCCUGGCGCAAUCCAACUUUCUCAAUAACCCAUUGAAGAUAUGGACGUCGAAGCCGAAUAAAUACCUUUUCAUUGCAGUCCAACUCAGUCUCACUGCAUUCGCCUUGAACCCCGAUGUUACCGAACCUUGUGCUCGUAUUCAUUAUAACAUGGCCGUCGUGUACGAUGACUCUGAUGAAACCCCGUACAUUGCACCGGCAAGUCUCAGUACCGACUUCCAUAAGUUCCUCCACAUCCGAAGUUUCUGGCAGCGUCACUUUCUGCACCCUGGCGAAAGAAGUUUCUUCGAAUCUUAUGAGGAAGCCAGUAGGAAGUGGCAGCCCGGAAUGCGGAUGGACAGUGACGGAUCAUUCUUUCCUAGCCAAUGGACUGGUUAUAUUUCGUGUUUGCAUGCCACAAGACCAACUCACAUGGUUGCGGAUGGCAAUGUACCUGCACAAGUGCAAACCUGUGCCCAACAGAGAAUCCUCCCUCAUGAAUUGCUUGGCAGACUUCACAUGGAUCUGACUUUCAGACCUGGGAAGGAGGAUGAAAAGGCUGAACACUGGCGCAAACUCUACGGCCGCUGGAUGCCUUUGGGUUGGAUGCCUCUGGGCUGCAUGCCCAACAGAGACCGAGAGUAUUUCACCAGCUUCGCGAAUUGGACUCAGUAUAUUCCCGGGAUUUCAGAGUUUACCUACAUCGUCGAAGGCUUGAUUGAGCCAUUUCAACAACCCUAUGGAGGAAUCGAUGGAUGGAGCCGUAUCUGCAUGGCGGUGAGAGUUCAGUGUCCAGGCACUGAUGACACUCCCGGCGUGAUACUGGCACCGGAUGACUGCAUGUAUGCAAUGGAAGGUUUGAUUCUUCCCGGCCGUCGAAUGAUGCUGGGCCGGUGGCAAGAGCUUCUGGAUGGGAUCGCCAAGAAAUGCGGACCAUUCAUCCUCUGGGAUAUUUGA